CACUUUUCGCAUCUUGAGUCUCCAGAGCUUUCACCGGUCAGGCUUCCUCUUCUCGCCUUCAGCCCUCCGAGUCAAGUAAGCUCGCCUCUUCUUUAAUUCUUUUCCCGGUUAUGUCUUCUUUUGGUAGUCGUAGAAUUUCGUCCUCAGAUGACUCUUCAUCUGAGGAUUCUACCUCCUCCUCUUCGACUGGGUACUCUUCUUCUGAAUCAGUACCUAGACCGGCUCCUAACCCUUCUGUUCCCGGGUCCGAGCCGGUUAAUCAAGUACCCGGUCAAGUUUUUGCGGAGAGGGACGAGCCGGUUGAUGACGAACUGGGUCCCUAUGACCCUGAUAAUGAGUCUUUGGAGGAGUGGGAAGAGCGGCUUCGUACUGCGGUCCUACCGGGCGGGACCGGCUGUGAAGGUUUUGCGUACUUCAAAGGUCGAGCCAGUAGGAAAUUCAUUUCCGACGUCCCCCAAAGUAACUGGGGAUGGAAGGAAAAGUUUGUUUUCAUUGAGUUUCCCCCGUUUGUCACUCCCCUGGCCGGUCUAAAGUGGAACGACCAUCUCCUCAACCACGAGUACACCGUGCCGGCUUCCUCCCCCGACCUUGAAGCGAGCCUUGAGAUUCUUCUUCGCGGUGACUCGUUCACCGGGAGGAAGUUCCACUAUGGGAGCUGGGUCUGGAGAAUCCAACCGGGUGGCGAGGACAUGGAAUUCGAAGAAUUUGAGAUCCCCGAUGAUCAGCCAGCGGGAGAGACCGGUGGCUCUCAAGCUCCCCCCUCUAAAACUUUCACGGUCCACCAAGAGACCGUGGAAAUCCAUGAUGAGGACGAGCCCCAAGAUGACCGGUCCAAGGGGAAGAGCCCUCCCAAGACUAAAGAGAAGACCAGCCGCCGGACCAAGAAGGUAGCCACCACUCAUCAUUCCUUCAGCAAGAAGAGGCAGUGGGUAGACUCUGACACGGCAUCCCCGUCCGUCAAAGAAGCCUUCAUCAACCUUGGGUUGAGGCUGAGGGAGGUUGGGGAGAUUGGACCACUCACAGUGGACCAGUUGGGGAUGAGCUUUCCUUUCGAGGUUGCCCAGCUGAAGAAGGAGGAGAUGACUCUCAUCUUGAAGAGCCAAGCGGAUGAGCUGACCAGGCAAUCUGGGAUGGCCGGGCCUAUGAAGGCCGAAAUCUCCCAGCUGAAGGAGGAGAAUGGCCGACUGAUGGACGAGGUCUCCGAGGUGAAGCAAGAGAUGGCGAAGAAGGCCGAGGACUUCCCCGGGCUUGCAGCUGCUUGGGUGGAAGAAAAUAAAGCUAAAGCCGCCCGGGUGAUGACGGCAACUCCGGAGGCCACUAUGGAAUCUUUCAAGUUCCUAUACUAGGAGCCUGAAGGGAGGAAGAUGAUCACCGCGAUUGGGUCCUUUGGAUUCAAAAGCGGUCAAAAGAAAGACUGGAUUGCCUC